AUCUUAUUUGUUUGAAAUAUAUAAUCUACUGCGUAUUUCCGCGCGCAGAUUUGGAUUUAACACGUCACAAUAUGGCGUCUUAGGGAGUGUUCGGAAAUCCUUCUCGUAAGGUAGCGUUUAUAAUUGACCAAUCAAAAUAAAAAAUUCUUUAUUUUGAUUGGUCAAUAAGAAGUCAUUUUAUCUCGUGUGUAGAAUUUUCGAACAAUCCCUUUGUAUUUGGCGCAUUUCGUUCAGUUCGCUAAAGAUUUGUAGAAUCAGGUUGAAGUUUAAUCCUCACUACAGAAGUUAGAUUGACAAUAAAAAAUGGAAACGGAAGAACUUUGCAGUAUCAGUAUCUCUCCGUUGGUGACGAAUCCAUUUGCGGCACAAUGGUCAUCAGACAAUCAGCUCUCGAUUAUUACAGAAGGAGGGGUUCAUGUAUUUGAACUGCAGCCUUCACCUAUGUCUCCUAAUUCAACAAUCAAGUUUGCUCGUUCCUACAUUCCUUCAUAUUCUUUGGAAAAUCCUCCAGCAUAUGCAUUUGUGGACAAAAUAGACUCAUUAAUAUGGAAUCUGGACCGUGAACACAAUUACUUGAGUCUCAUGGAGGAAACAAUUACUCCAAAGCUAAGUAGUGUAAAUGAUGCAGUUCACAAAAUAGUGAGUACAGCAUGGUCACCAAAAAAUUUGAUCUCUCCUAGCCAAUGUAUAUUAGCAAUAUUAAAUGCAACAGGCUCAGUUAAAUUAUCGCACAAAACUUCCAAUCAGUGGUAUUCCAUAUGUGAUGUUUCAUCUCUACGGCAAAAGUAUAUGCAGGAAAAAAUCAAAUCUAAUUUUAAUAAAUGUAAAAGAAGUAAUAGUUAUAUAGUGAUAACUGAAAAUAUGAGACAGUUGCAAGCUUGUGCUAUGACAUGGAGUGAACUGUUUGAAAUAGAAAAAACUUCCUUUGCAUAUUUCUCUGUGGCGUAUCAUAGUGGUGAUAUAUUGAUUUGGAAGAUUCUUAGAAUUUCAGAUUUAACAAAAUGCUUAGAACCUAUACUUGUUGGUAAAAUAGAUUCAAACAUUGCUGUAAAAAUAAAUGUAUUGUCUUGGAUUACUAUUAAUACAAAUGAAUAUCUGCUAAUUGCUGGAUAUUGUGAUGGCCGAAUAUAUGGCAUAAAGUUAACAUGUACUGAUAAUGAUUUACAAGUGGCAUUGAUAGAAAAAUAUGUCGCUCCGGAUCGUAUAGCAAUUAAUUAUUUACACAUAGUUUUUCAAGAUAAAGCAAAUGUGAAAAUUCUUGUUGCCAAGGACACUUUUCUCUUAUUGUUAUGUAUAGAUUUGACAGGAACAUUAAAGAGUAUGGAAUAUCUGCAAAUGCAAGGAUUUAAUAUAUCUGGUAUAAUCCCUAUUGCUCCUCAGCGAUGUUUAGUCAGCACAGAUAGUCAGUUUUUUAUCUGUGACAUACAGUUGAACAAUUUAAUUAUCACUGAUAUAAAAACUCAUUUAUCACAAACAUCUGUUCAGUCUUUAGGACUUGCUCAUUCACCAAAUAAAGUAAUGUUUAUUAAUAUAACCAGUCCAAAAGCAAUGUACGAUCAUUUAGUGAUGAGAGAGCCAAGUAUUGUGCAUAUAUUCACUAUAAAAGACGCAAUAUAUGAUCCACUGCCUAUUAUUAAUAAUAGUGCAAAUCUCAUAAGUGUUUGGGAUUGUAUGGAAGUACUUAGAGUUAAAGCCACUAAAGCAGAAGAUGCAACCACGGUAUUGCCUCCUAUUAAAGAGAAACUCGAAUCGUUAUCGCUCUACGAAUUGCAAUUGUCAUUGUGGACGACAGUGAUGAUCAAUGUGUGCUCGACGAAAAAGCCAAUACCUAAUAUAGAUCAUAUACAAAAAUGCAAUAUAACGCAAGCGCUACCGUUAAUCUUUGUACAAUCCGCUUGCGAUUGUCUCGAUAAUUUGAGGAAGAAGAGCAAACUGUCGAAAAUUCAAAUGCAUGCUAUGAGCUUACUCAGAAAAUAUCUGGAAGUAUAUCUAAAUGGAGAUGAGAAAGAGGAUAUCGCUUAUCGACGAGCUCGAGAAAUGUUGAACGUAACUGCAUUCUGUUCCAAUCAAAUCGAGAAGUGCAACCUAUGUGGUGAAGUAAUAGAUGACUUCUCGAAUGUCAAGUCUUGUCCGCGAGGUCAUAAAUUACCCAGAUGCACCACAACAUUAUUACAGAUAACGUUGGAUUAUUAUGUCUGUCCGAUAUGCACGGGAAUUUUCCACCCGUGCUUGAAAGAAAUAUACGAGGAACCGCGAUGUCAGUUCUGCGAUGUACCUGUUCUGUGCAAUUUCCAUGCUUUUGAUGUAGAAGAGUCUAAACUGUAUGGAAAAAAUUUAUCACAGCAACGUAUUGCAGAUAUAGAAUCGUCGAGAGAGUUAGAUUCGGAAGAAACGCACGAAAAUCAACGAAGAAAGAAGUGGGAUACUUCGCAUACUUACUCCGUAAUUGUAAAUGAUAAUGAUGAUGAAUCAGGUAGAAUUACAGAGAAAUGGGAAGAAUUUUAAUUGUUUGUUAUAAUAGUUCCGGAAACUGUGAUCUUAAAUGUAUUUAUUACAAAUUAUUACAUUAAAUUUGUGUUAUUUUCAUGUCUUAUUUUAAACUAAGUUAGAAUAAAAGUUAGAAUUAAAAGCAUUAUUUUAUUGCUCAUAAGAAUAAAAAUUUUAAGGAGAUUAA